GAAUGGAUUGUUUUCUCUUUCUAUCUCAUGGUGACUAGCAUAAAAUAAAAACAACUUAUAACACAUACCUACAUUGGUACUUAACUAGUAAACGUAGUAGGUAAACUAAACACAGAUUUAAUUAAAGUACUGUACUGCCCCCUCUUUGGGUAGCAAUGCUUCGUUCCAAAAUUCUCGCAAUGAGGAGGGUCAAUCCUACAAUAAUGAGUGUGAGCGCCAAUGCCAAAUUCACCCAUACUAGUAAAAGCAGAUUAAAUGGAAAAGUAGCUAUAGUUACCGCAUCAACAGAUGGCAUUGGGUAUGCCAUAGCCAAAAGACUUGGCGAUGAAGGAGCUUCAGUGAUUGUGAGCAGCAGGAAAGAAGUUAAUGUCAAGAAAGCUGUGGAAACUCUACGCAGUGAUGGCAUCCAAGUGGAGGGGGUGGUGUGCCAUGUGGGGAAUGCUGAACAGCGGAAGAAAUUAUUUGAUGCUGCAGUCAACAAGUUUGGUGGACUUGACAUACUUGUUUCAAAUGCAGCUGUUAACCCUUCAGUUUCACCUGUCUUAGAGACUGGUGAAGAUGCUUGGGAUAAGAUUUUUGAAAUAAAUGUGAAAUGCUCAUGGCUACUGGCCAAGGAAGCAUAUCCAGAAUUGAUCAAAAGAGGAGGGGGAAGUAUUGUGUUCAUAUCAUCAAUUGCUGGAUAUCAGCCAAUGAAUCCUUUAGGAGCAUACAGCGUCAGCAAGACUGCACUUUUAGGGUUGACAAAGGCAAUAUCAUUUGAAACAGUACACGAUAAUAUAAGAGUCAAUUGUGUCGCCCCUGGCAUCGUGGAAACCAAAUUUGCUUCAGCUAUUACCAACUCUGAAGCGGGGAAAGAAAAAUCUUUAUCGAUUGUUCCUAUGCAAAGGUUUGGAAAACCUGCUGAGAUCGCCAGCGCCGUCGCUUUCUUGUCGUCGGACGAUGCAAGUUACAUUACUGGCGAGACGAUAGUUGUUGCUGGAGGUGCAUAUGCACAUUUGUAACUUAAUUUUGAACUAGAGGCAAAAUCUUGGAAGCUGAAAAAAAAUACAUAUAUUUUUAUUUACGAGGGUAGAUCCAAAAGUUAUAAGCCCGACAAAGAAAAUGAAAGAAAAGUGGGCCUAAUUUUAUUUUUAAUUUUCGAUAUAGUCUCCAUCUAGCUCAACACACUUCUUCCACCUGACCUGCAACUUGUUUAUUCACUCGAAAAAAAAAGAUGCCGGAAGGUCAGCGAAAUAGUCGUUUACUGCGACUAUUACCUCAUCUUUUUCAUAAAUGAUAAUCCGAGGGGGGCUAAAUCCGGCGAAUAAGGUAGGUGGGGCAGCAAUUCGUAGCCACAAUCAUGGAUUACAGACAUUGUUUCAACCGAAGUGUGAACACGUGCAUUGUCUUGAUGAAACAAAACUUUCUUACGCAACAUUCCCGACCUUUUUUCUUUUAUUUCUUCCCGGAAAAGGUCUUUCUUGUCGUUGCUUUGAAGCAGUGAACAAAUCUGAUUUACUUAAAGCUAACUGAAUAAUUAUUGAAAUAUUUAUUUCGGUACUAUUUUAGAACGACUGACGAACAAAACAUAUGAAUAGUUUGUUUUAUAGUCUAUUUAUAUUCUAUCUACAUAUUUUUUCCUAUUAUAUUACACUCUUAUUCUGUAACACAUAUAUAUUAUAAACUAGCGGCCCGCCCCGGCUUCGCACGGGUGGACAUAUUUUUGUGUUUUAUAUUUUGAAAUAAACAAAGAGUAAACAUUUCUCUCAGGCGAUAAUAUUUAUUUUUACAAUUAUGUACUAUAUUUAUAUGAUUCUUCAGUACGACGUACUUUUUCUAUUCUCGCUUGGGAACUAUGUCUAGAUAGUAGCAAUCUUCUUUUUCUAGGCAUAUUAGCUAAUUAACUAUACCUACUGAUAAAUAAAAAUAAAAUACGGUUUGGAUAUGUUGGCAGUGAAAAGUAAAACACGUACGGAAAAGGUUGAUCAACAGAAUAUAGGUAUUUUAUAUGAGAGUGAAGUAAAAUUUAUUAGCAAUUAUUAUGUGAAUACUCACAAAUAAAAAUAAAAUACCCUUGGGAUAGGUUUAUCAGUAGGACGUUAAAACUAAAACAAAUUUAUAAGCACUUCUAAGUCAAAUAGCUUCAAAAUUUUAAUUUUGGUGGCGUAGUACGCUGCGUAAGGAACUGACCACACGGCUUAGGUUACCGAGACACCGCGUAAGUACCUAUGCGGCAAGCGCGUUCGCGUGACGCGUGACGCGUACUUAAAAUAAUUUGGAGUGCGUGUUUUUAAUUUCACGAUAUUUCAGAAUCUUUUUAUCCAAUAAAUGAGCUGUAAAGGACAAAGUUUGUCUCCGUAAAAUUAUCUUGAUGAUAAAAUAACUUUCAAUCAUAAGGAUUAAUAUGCUUGUGUAAUAAUAAUUCUCAAAACGCACCUUUGAAUUGACAUUAUUUUUUUACGCACAAAAUACCUUGUAGUUACUAAAUUAUAGAAGUUAGAUAUAUCAUGUCGCGGACUUUUUUAUAGAUCUGCAAAAAAUCUAUAUUUUUGUAAUACAUUGUAUGUCUGUAUAAUCAACAGUGGAUCCAGCGCACGCACGGAAAGAUUUUCGGUAGCGCUUUUUUUCCCGGAUUACUUUAUGAAUGUUGAAUAAUCUACCUGAAAACUAAUUGAUUUCAAAACAAAUUUAUGCCUAUGUUACUUUUGAAGGUCUAUUCUAUAUCUGUGCCAAAUUUUAUCAAAAUCGGACCAGUAGUUUUUGAGUUUAUUCCACACAAACAUACAAAAAUACAAAUCUUUCCUCUUUAUUAUUAGUGUGGAUGUGGAUAAAUUUUGAAUCCUUCCGCUUGAUUUAUUUAACCUUCGCAAGUGUUACUGAUCGGGAAUACAAAGUGCCAUUGUGUAACAGUGUUACUCAUGGGGAAAACGAUAGUUGCAAUGUGUACCACUCCUACAAAAAUUUAUAUUGUGCAGUAUCGGAAUGAAACUGCGCACAAUAAAUCAAUGACACAUACUAACAAAUGACGGUAGAUUUAAAAAGAUGUCAUAGCUCCAUGCAGGUUAGGCCACGAACUUUUGGAUCCACCUUCGUACACACGUCAUAUAGUUACGUAUACCUUGCGGGCUAGACAGAGCCAACAGUCUUGAAAAGAGUGAUAGGCCACGUUCAGCUAUUUGGCAACCAUUUACAAGUUGUGUAACUGACUUACUUAAAGUAAUUACAAUAAAUAUCAUAUUGUAAAUAUAUUAUAAAGCAAUAUUGAUAUUUUUUAUUUACAAAUAAAAACAUAAUGAUUGAUUGACUUAAACUUCCCACGUCUGUAUGUAUGCUUAUAUCUAUAAAAUUACACAAUGGAUUUUGGAUGGGUGGGUGAUAUGACGUAUUUAGGAUUGUGGAUUUUGAUACUUUUAUUUUUUUCGUACUUUCUGAAAAAUGAACCGAUAUUUUUCUUUUAACGUUUUAAAUAGUCCUUUAGAUAAGUACACUUAACAGUUAAAUUUAUUCAGUUGAAUUAAAAGUCACCCUGUAUAUGCCGAAAUUCUCACGGCAGCGGAGACCCAGGGCACAUACAGUUGAUAAGUUUGUUAAGACGUCUUUUCCAUAAUUCGAAUGAUUAUAAUGGUUCUGCAUCAGGUGUUCCAGAUCUUCGAUUUUUAUACGCUAACAGAAAAUUCUCAUCAGGCUGAACAACUUUUGUAAAGACGUCUUUUCGAUAUUUCCUAUAGUUUAGUUGAGCUGUUAUGGUUCGACAUCAGCUAUUUCUGAUACCCUGAUAUGUUAGCCAGGCAUAAGAGCUAUAAGUAUAACAAAAAAGUUUCAUUCAAAUCCCUUCAGUAGUUCCGGAGAUUAGCGUGUACGAACAAACAAGCAGGCUUUUUUUAAAUUAAUGCUCGGUUUCUAUUUCUUUAUCGUAAUAGUUAAUUUUAUUUUAUUUGUUUCAAAAUACACUCAAUGUACAGACAAAAUUUGUUAACUGUUUUAUAAUAUGUAUUGAUUCUUAUCAACAGUACCUAUGAAUUUCAUUCAUGUUUACAACAACAUUGAGUUAUUGAAAUAAAGAUAUGUCAUUUACCAAACAGGUAAAAUCA